UCUGCACUUCCUUUUUGCAUAUAUACCAUUUCUUAUAGCCUGUAUUCCCUGCCCUUCCCCGUUUGCAUCCUCUUAUCCUUUAGGCAAAACUUAAUUUUCAUAAAAAGAUUUUCAAAGAGAUAUCCCACUCCCAUUUAAAAGACUAAAUUCCUAAUGACAUUCUUCAACAAAAACAUUUUGGUCCUAACUUAAUCAUAUUGGCCAACUACAAAUAAAGUUUUAGACAUGAGAGACAUCCUCUGAAAAACAGUGAGAUGACUAUUGUAGAAGACUCCUAAGAUAAAUUGGAUAAAUAUGACUCUAGAGAUGUGGAAAGACUUCAGCAAGAUGAUUCGUGGGUUGAAAAUUACCUGAUUUGGCGUCACGAUGUUGUGGAUGAUACAUUAAAGAUGAUCGAUGAAAGCUUUCGGUGGAGGAAAGAGUAUACAGUUAAUGACUUGACAGAAUCUGUCCUUCCAAAAUGGUUGUUUGAAAAUGGUACUAUAUUUCUGCAUGGAUAUGAUAAAGAGGGCUAUAAAUUAUUUUGGUUCAGAGUGAAAUACCAUGUAAAAGACUCUAAACAGCAACUUGAUAAAAAGAAACUGGUAGCUUUUUGGUUAGAGCAUUAUGCCAAGAGAGAUCAUGGAAAGCCCUUAACAGUGGUAUUUGACAUGUCUGAAACUGGAAUCAGUCACAUAGACUUGGAUUUUGUUCGGUUCAUUGUCAACUGUUUUACAGAUUAUUACCCAAACUUCCUCACAAAGAUAGUGAUCUUUGAAAUGCCAUGGAUAAUGAACGCUGCUUUUAAAAUUGUGAAGGGUUGGCUCGGCCCAGAUGCAAUAAGCAUGUUAAAGUUCACAAACAAGAGUGAUGUGCAGGAGUACAUCAGUGGAGAGUAUCUGCCACCUCACAUGGGUGGAACUGACUCUUUCAAGUACAGUUAUCCUCCAUUGGUUGAUGAUGAUUUUCAAACUCCUUUAUGUGAAAAUGGGCCCAUUACUAGUGAAGAUGAGCAUGAAAGUAAAGAAGAGAUUGAUGCAGACACCAAGGACACUGGGGAGCCGAAUGAAGAACAAAACCUUAAUCAGAAAAAGAUGAAUUCUGUUGAACAAAUAUCCAAAUCAGAAGAAACUGACAAAACAGAGUUCAAACCAAAAAAUGCAAAGAAAGCAUUAACCACAUUUAAAGGACCUUUAUUACAUAUCAGCCCAGCAGAAGAACUGUAUUUUGGAUCCAAAGAAACUGGAGAGAAAAAAUGUUUGAUAGUUCUCACAAAUGUCACUAAAAACAUAGUGGCUUUUAAGGUGAGAACAACUGCUCCUGAAAAAUACAGAGUUAAACCAAGCAACAGCAGCUGUGAACCUGGCACAUCAUUGGAUAUAAUAAUCUCUCUUCAUGGUGGUUUUGCAGCUUCUCUGCAGGAUCGUUUCCUUAUAAUGGCAGCAGAAAUGGACCAGUCUUCUGGAGCAGGUGUACCAGAACUGACUCAGUUUUGGAAGGAAGUCCCUAGGACCAAAGUGAUGGAACACAGACUCAGGUGUCAUGUUGUCGAAAGCAGUAAGCCUUCUUCUCUGACAUUAAAAGAGAAUGCAUUUAACAUUCCAGCAAAAACCAAUGAAGAUUUACAUAUACAGCUAACUCAUUUACUGCAAAUUAACAAAAGACUUCAAGAGCAGAUUGAUCGCUGCCUCUGGUUCCAGCAGUUAUCAGUUGUUUUGUCAUUACUCUCAGUUACUGUUGUUGCCUUCUGCUUCUACCUGGCAUAUACCCAGAGAAGCUAAAAAGAAUUGCUUUGCACUGGAUGUGCUGCCUGUCAUGGUGGGUUGGAGUGGAAGAAAUUGCAGUGCCACACUCGCAUUCUGGAACUGCCAAAAUAAGGUUUGUGAGCCCACAGCCAUGAAUGAUGAUGCAAUUUGCUGGAAAAAAAAGACAACAUGAAUGACCAGCAAAGGAAAUUACUGAAGGUUGACACUUACAACAGUGCAUGAGGAGGAUGAUAGAGCUAGGACCUAUUUUCAGUGUACAACUUUAUAAAUACUACUGAACUGGAAGGAGGAAACCAAAUACAACAACGUAAUUUAAAACUUUUUGGGGUUUUUGUCCCUAUUCAACUACUUCAAACACAAUAUUUAGUUUAUUUUCGUCAUAUUAAUGUUUACAUCCUGAAUUACUCUCAUAGAAGGUAAAGCAGUCAACUUAAGUGUAUUCUAAAGGUUAACUUGUUCAUUCAGGAAAAUUUACAGAAAUUAUGUACAACAAGCAUAUUUUUAUAUUGUGUGUAUACACAUAUAAAAGAAGAUACUUGUUUUUAGUAAUUAUUUUGGUAAUUCAGGCUCAUUACUUUCAUUGGUUAAUUUUUUAAUGUACUUUUUCCUGAGUGCAAAGUUACUGUAAAAAUUUCCUCCCAAAUAACACAUACAGAGCCAUAUGGACCAGGAGUAUAACCUUCUUUGAUUCCAAAGAUAUUAAUGAAAUAAGCAUGAUGACACAGUAUUCCUAUUCUUUCCAUUUUUUUUUUUUCUUUAAAGUGGAAGCAGUACGAGUUGACUUUUGAUGAACUAUUAUUGGUUCAUAAAAAGGCUAAUAUGUAGUCAAUGUAAGAACUUACUCUGAUUAAAUUAAAUUACAGAUAAAUUUAUGAAAAAAAAAAACAAGUCAGGAAGACAAAUAUUGUUGAAGGCAACAUUAAAGUGUUACAUCUGCCGUUCUCCAAAAGUGUUGUAGAAAUGUUGUAGCAAGAACUUAUGUUAACAAGGAUUCUUUGUACUCAUUGCUGUAAAUACAUGUAUUAAAAUGAUAAAUACUUAAAAGGAGACUGAUGGUAUCUUUCGUACAUUUAAAGUUUUCACUCUUGAUUAGAUCUAAAUAUUUAAAGUAAUUUAUUUACUAAAAUUUUUGCUACAAAUUGUCUUUCUAACAAAUAAUGUUGUGUUGUCUGCUGACUUCAAUACAUGAGAAGAGAUUAUUGAGGAAAAAUAAAGGUCAUCCUCUGCUUCUGUCUUUUUGCAUACAGUAUCUCAUUAUAUUGUAGAUAUAGGGUCAUUUCUAGGAAACCAAAAAUUCCGUUCAAAAACUGUGUUAGUAAACUGAUUUAUUUAUAAUUUUGCUGCUUUGUUAAAAAAUUACCAUGUAAAAGGCAAGUCCAUGGAACUGUUUGGUGCACAGUCCUUUAUUUGGACACUGUUUGCUACAUCUACAUAUUCUUAAUUUUUUACUAGUCUCAUUUCUGUUCAGUUUGCAGCUCAGUACUUUGUUUUCUUAAUGAGUUGGCAGCUUACAUUGUUCACUGCUUACUGUGAAGCUGUUUAGUUUCUUUUCAUGUGCGUGCAACUCAGAUGCUUUGCUUUCCACAAAAUGGGUUGCUGUCCUGUUGAGAAAGGUGAUGAAGUAAUUUGUAACCUUAAGAUAAUAAUAACCAUGCUAUUAAAAUGCCGAUUCCUUAAUUUGAGUGGAUUGACUAGCACUUUACUGUAAAAUUGCAAGAAAUAUAUUCCUAGAGUCUUUGCCAAUAUGAAUAUUUUAAUGUUUUGGUGCUUUCAUAUUUUUUCAGUAUUUUAUUACUAUGUUGGUAUUUUCUUUGUAUGAUGGAUCAGAUGAACAUCUUUUCUAUUUUAAUAUGUUUUAGAAAAAUAUAGUUACAAAAUAAAUAUGAGGAAAUAUGUA